GCUCCAUUAAUAACGAUUAGCCUAGAGGCCGGCUUAGCCAGGUUUCACAAUUUAUUUGUUGCUGUUUAAAACUAUAAAUACUAACAGGUACACGAUAAUAGUAAAGCACGAUGAAUGUUGAUCUUGAACUUAAAAAGGCUUUCCAAGAGCAACAAGUAAAGAUGGUAGAAACCACACAGCAGGUUAGGGUUGCAGAUACACAGAUCGAGUUUCAGAAACGAUCACAACAACACGCCAAGCUAACUAGCACGGAGAUAGGAAAAUAUCCACAGGAAACAAGAGUCUAUGAAGGGGUUGGUAGAAUGUUUAUAUUACAAGAUAUUCCCACUAUUCAAAACUUACUGUCUGAGAGAGUAAAGAAAUGUGAAACUAAAGUCAAGGAUUUAGAAUCGAAGAAGACAUAUUUGGAGCGUACACUGAAGGAAAGCGAAGAUAACUUACGUGAGAUGGUCGCAUCCAAACAAGCUAUAUUGAAAUGAAGUAUAUAAGAACUUUUUUGGG